AUGUCCGAGUUCAAGCCCACCAUUGCCAUCAUCGUGGCCGCCCUCCGUCCCAGCGGCGGUAUAGGCCUCAACGGAAAAAUGCCCUGGAGACUCAGAAAGGAAAUCCGCUACUUCAAAGAUGUCACCACCAGAACAACUGGUACUGGCAUCAAUGCUGUGAUCAUGGGUCGCCGCACUUGGGAGUCCAUACCGUCGAAGUUCCGUCCAUUGCCGGACAGAGUCAAUGUGGUGUUGUCACGGUCGUUCAAGAACGAGAUGGUCGACAACAACGUCAUCCACGCCAACUCCAUCGACAAGUCCUUGGAGCAGCUCCAGUCCUACGGCACCAGCAUCGCCAAACAGAUCCAACGGGUAUUCAUUAUAGGUGGUGCUGAAAUCUACCGCGAGCUUGUCAACGACCCGGCUGUGUCCCACUUGUUGGUGACUGAGAUCGAUGCCAAAGAACCGGUGGAGGUCGACACGUUUUUGGGGUUCCCCUUGUUUGAGGGAAGUGCUGUGUGGGAGAAACGUCCCCAGAAGGAGCUUCAGUCUUUCAUAGGAGAUAUUGAGCUCGAAAAUGAUAUCGAGGAGGGCAAUUUUGUCUAUAACUACACUCUCUGGACCAGGAAAUGA